UAACAUAAAUACGGUGACGAAAUCUGACGAAGGACACAAGAGACGAGAAGGCGGUGUGAUACGAAGCACGCGGUGCGAUUAGUAAACAAACGAACUCCCGGCGAGUCAGAACAAUGAAACGCAAGUGUUGUGUCCCUUCGUGCAAUUCAUCGGAGAAGUGUACCGUUUGCCAAGUUAGUCUUUCGUAUUUCAAGAUACCGAAGGAUUUUUCAUUGUUGAAAAAAUGGGAAAUUGCCCUUGGUCUAAAAGAUCAAGGCUUAUCGUCACGGGAUCGGAUUUGCAGUUCGCACUUUAAGAAAGGCGAUAUUCUUACGAAGAGAUUCAUCAGCACGAAGCGUCCGAGUACGAACAGCAAGAUUAUUUAUGAAGUUUCUAAACUCGAGAGAGAUAGCGUUCCUGCCUUGUUUUUUCUUGAUGUGAAACGAUGUUGCCACAAAGGAAACAAACAACCGCCGUCAACAACGAACGAAACCCCGCGUUCCUUGGAAUGCUUGGAAGGACCACUCGGCACCUCAGCGACUGUAACUUCGCUGAGCGAAGAUACCGAUGAUAGUUCUGACGAAGAGCAGCACGAAAAACGACACUUACGACCUACUCGACGAGACUAUCGGUUGGUAGCACAAAGAGUCCAAUAUCGUUCGAGACGUCGUCAAAUACGAGCGUUUCAAGAAUUGCGUGCGAAAUGGUUGGCUAAGAGCAAAACUCUGGAAAAACAAACUCGUCUCCUCGAGAAAAGGAUUCACGAACUCGUAGAAGUUCAAACUUCCGAUAUUGAAUAACUCACUACUUUUAACUUUUUCAUUUUUUUAAAGGAUUUUUAUUGGAAGGUUUGAAAAAAAUCUGAAUAAAUUAACAAACAAAAUGACCUAGUA